UAAAUUCUUAAGACGAGGUUGUUAUAAAUGUUAAAAAACUUUUAAACCGCAAGGUAUAACUUCUGCGUCACUAUUGAGAUGAAUUAUUGUUUGGCACUCAAACUAACUUGGAUACUAUUCCAUCAUGUAUAUGCUCUAAAAGACGAAUCUAACAAUGUACUUAACGGUUCUUCAGUUGGUAUCGGGAAAACUACUAACCGCCAUGGCAAUUUGUCAAUCCUUAAAUCCAAUUUCUCUACAUUGGAGUAUGUUUUCACAUCUGUUAAUGUAACACCAAAAUCAAAGCUUACAGCAUCAAACGUCACCGUUAUUUUCGAAGGUGUGUUGACUACCAAACUUCCGAAUUCCACUAAGCAGUUGGAUAAAUUGUUAUCAGAAAAAACUACAGAGGUUAGACAUAUAACAACUGGAACAAAUGCUAUCCAAGAGGAGGUUACUGAAAUCGAUGAGUUUGGAAAAAGCGAACUAGGAGAAAGCUCUAUCCAUUCAAGUGAUUCAUAUGUUGAGCCACGAAAAAAAGAUUCCGAGGGUGUUGGACCACAAAUAGAUCCUGAAAAUUAUAUUUUCAACAGAAAGCAUUUCGCCGAAUCUGAGUCUAAAAAAUCCAACGGGUUUAUAUAUCAAAGCGACUCUGGUACCGUAGUUCGCGAUAAAUUAUGUAAGUUCAUGUUUUUGUGUAUAAAAUGAAGUAAUAAUGCAUGGAAUGUGAAAUGUGUUAUUAUUUGGUUUUGAAACUGUCAACAUUUAUAUCAGGUAUAUUAUGAUGUAAUCGGUAAGAAUGAUAGUGAACGUGGCUCACCGUUAGUCAGUUAUUGCUUCGUGACGUAACUUCGUAAGUACCACAAAUAUUUGGCAAAUGCAUUCUAUAAAUGAUGUGACUUCACUGGUUUGUAUUGAGCAACUGAGGUUGCAGUUUUUUGUCGUGAGUAAUAUUCGAAAAAUUAUGAGAUCUUAGCAACCUCUUCCAAUACUUAACAUUGUGUAUGUUAUGCUUUUGAAAUUUUCAGCUAACUUUUCUCUUACUGAAGAUUCAAGCUUGUUUUUCGCAUUCUCGUUUCGCUGUUGUCAAAACAGAAAGUGCCGUAAUAAGAUAGUUAAAUUAUUUUAACACUUGUGAGUUAAUAUGGUUUGUAACUUAAAGUAAAAAACUCAGUGACACUCACUCAAGACGGUAGCUUUGAUUUUAUGUUAACUAGGUGCCUUGACUAUAAAUAAUAACAAUAAUAUGGUAUAUUCCGAAAAUAUUGCUUGCCUAUUUACCGACACGAUCAGUUUGAUAUAGAUAAUAACAUUAAAUAAACUGGACAUGUCAGAUAUUAGAUUAUUUAAAGUGUUCUAGUUCAAGAUUGUUUUGGUAGUGUAGUGGAUGUCGAGUCGAAGACGGACUAUGAUCACCACUACAAUUCGUUUACGCGCCCAAAAGCAACUUGGUUCCUUUGAUAGCUCGUAAAUCAGAAAGCUUUAUUAAUCCAGAUCAAGUAUAUUUAUUGGCGAUCUCGUGGUAUCGAAAUAAUACCGAGACGUGCCAAAGAGUACAGGCAAAAUGAGCAGUGCGUACGCAAGUUCGAACCAAACAAGGCGGAGAGGGAAAGCAUAAGUGAAACUGAUACAGUUAAACAAAUACAGUAAAACAAUCUCUGGUACAAUUGGUUACAAUAACAAUAAUUGUUUCCGUUAUUCCAAUCGUGUUCUUAUCGAGACUGGCCGGUCACUACAGUAGUACAUUUUUCACAGGUAUUAGAGCAAUGAAAGGCGUCAGUCGGGAACUUUUGCGUCUUUUUAAUUGAACAACCUUUUGAACAGUAAAUUUAACUUUAUUUCCUGAUUUAUAACAACAUAUAUAGGCAAACAAUAUUGUUUUCGAUUAGAUCCUCAUCAGGCUUUACUCUAAUAUACAGUAAUAUUUAUAGGCAUAUACGAAAUUAUUAAACCAAUCAAGGCAGUUUAUUAGUCAAUAAUAACAGUGGAAUAGGUUACAUGACUAAAAAUAAUAAUAAGUGAAAAGUACAAAUUGGUAGUAUGAUAACAGGUGUAUUAGUUGUGGUAAGAAUAAUGGAGGCUUGAAUCAAUGUUACAUAAUGGGAAAUAGGUCAAUGGUUAGGAAAAUAUAGACACUGAAAUAACAUUCAUAAAAAUUAUAAGAUUACGUAAUAAAAAGUGUUCAAAUAAUUGGACCAUGAAGCGAAUAUUUCCUGAGCCGUAGCAAACUAUUACCACUCAUUCAUUAACAAUUUGUUUUUAUUCAUCGUUUCUCUAUUAUCAUCUGCAAAUUUACUUCCUCCCCUUUUUAUGAUUUCAUCUUCAACAUAUAAAUAUCAAACAAUCUUAACAAUUAUGUUAAAUGUGCUGUUUUUUCUUGUUUCUUAAUUGGUUUUGAACUGAACAGCGUUGACUGCGGCCAUUUGCAGCUGAUGAGAAGCCAUGAAUACAAUGAAUUUAUUUUAUUCUGUGAAUAUUGUUCUCCUUGCUUUGCUUAAUUUUACCAAGGGGUCAAGAUGUAUGAGAUAAUAAAUUACUUCAAACUUUACAAACAAUUUUAGUUAACACUGCAUAUCCGUUAGGAAAACAAUAGGAUAUUUUCUCUUACAAUGUUCCCUCUAAUUACCUCUUACUUCAAACCAGUUUAUUUAUGUUUCAAUGCUUUCAGUGAUUUUAUUUUAGAUUUACCUUACCAUUUCAUGGAAUCCAUUUCCGUAACUAUUAAUCUAUGGAUAAUCCCUAUUAGAAUCUUGAUUAAUGCCGUUUUGAAAAUUCAACGGAAGAUUUGAAGGCAGUUUACGAUGUAGCAGUCUCAUAUUAUUCACUUGAACCAUACACUUAUGCGAGCCUGUGGUAAUAUAAACAGGUAUAUGACAGGAAAUUCAUCUGGCAAUCAUAUACGUUAUGUAUUUUAAUCCUAUGAAUUAUUUCCUACUUAUCCACGUGAUCAAUUGUGGGUUUUCAUCCCUGUACUCUGUUCAAGAAUUAGGCUUGACCUAAUAACUGAUUUUUUCCAAUCGUUUGUGACAUCAUAUCGUGUUUAGUUUAUGAUAAUAUUGUAUGCAUAAAUAUGUCGUUUUAGUGCAUAAAAUGUCUAUUCUUCUGGCUAGCGGUCCUGUUUUUGGUUUCAAACGAUACUACAGAUUAUGUCAAUCAUUCGGUCUCUUAGACUGCCACAUUAAAUCACUGCUUAUCAACGAUUGAUCAGUAUUCUUUCCAUUCAUUUUAAUAAUCUUAAGUUUGUCAUAAAAUUUUUAUUCAUAACAACAGUUUUCUAUGUAUGAUUAUAUAUUUGCCGCUUAUCUGAAUUAUAUAAAUACACUCAACAAUUCACGCAACAAUUGGUCGUUGCAUCAAUCCACACACCACACGGUUGAUUGAUUUAUCAAUUCGUAUACUACAUAGUGCACCACACCUCUCAUACCUUUUAAACCUUAUACUUUUUGUCCUCUGGUUCUAGUGUGACCGAAGUACGUGGAUUCCCUAAACGUUUUGUACUAAGCCUUUAGUAUCACGUUGUCGAGGGAACUUUGUUAUGCAAUAGGAUGUGUUACAAUUGUAUUUUGGUAAUAAACGACCCAGCUAUUCCUAUUGCUUAGUAUUCUUAUACAAUGACACUCAAGAAGACCCCAAAUCAGAACACGUUGAACAGGAAUGAAAUUGUAUUCAAAAUGACAAUCGUAAGUGAACAGCAAUCACUGAUUUGAACAACGUUCAUAUAUUUAUAGUAUAUACAUAAGAAGCUUCUAGAUUUUUCUCUAAUAAUUUGCCAGGGCUGAUUGGUUUAGAAUUAGCCAAUCAGCGCGCAGCAACACCAUCAUGCAUGAAAUAUGCUUUAAUCCAAUCUAUGUCCCGCUAACAGGAUGAGUCUAAGAAGCAUACGGAAUUAACCGAGAUCCAGGAUAGCUAAAAACAGACUCAUUUACGUUCUCAUGGUCUGGCGUCAGUUUGGGAACUAAGGAGAAACAAGGAGCAAUAUACCUCCUUUCUGUCCUAGCUUGAGGCUCAGUAGGGAAUCGAACAGAUCUUCCAGUUACUCAGGAAAUCCCAUUACCUUUAAACCACUGAGCUGUAAUCCGACGAUCCACAAUUGUGGUUUUAGUCAGCUCGAACUAUGAAUCUACAGUCAUUCGAUAUCAUCGGUAGAAAAGUAUUUCCAGUCCUACUUAAACUCCACUAGCUAUGACUUCAGUUUUUGGUUUAACAAUACAAAUAAUGUGACGCUAUCGCUCUUCCAUAUUCAUUUAUUACUAUUUUCUGUAGCUUAUUAUUGUGGAAAUGUGUGUGUUUGUGGUUAAACAAAUUCUGAAGUAAAAUCGUUUAAAAGAUCAGUGUUUUCUAUUUCGAUUCAGCAUAUGUACAGUCAAAUAAAUCAAGCAUAUGUUUUUCUUCCAACUUGUUAUUUUUCAAUCUAGAUACUCCCGAUAUAUCCGUGAGUUACGUCCUCGUACUAUGCUGCAUUCUAGUUGUGCUUAUUCUAUGCAUUUGGAAACCUCUUUGUCAUAUAUUGUACAAUAUAUACGGUGGGUGUUGUUCACGUUCUCGUAUUAGUAGAAUUGAUAUGAAUAGUAAAGUGGCAUAUCGUCAUUUAAAUACAGAGGAGUUUUAAAUCCGUUGACACCAUCAUUGCACAUAUAUUACUUGUUGCAUUAGGUAUUUUUUUCGUAUAUACAUGAACAAUUUGUUUAUUUUCUUUUACAUGUAUGCACCACACUUCUUUUUCUCACUGUUCACAAACAUCCCUUACUUAAUUGUUGUUUAGAAUUCUUUUAUAUUCCUUUGAAUUACUUUGUACAUGAGUGUGAUAAAUAUAUUAUUGGGUCAAAUUUGAUCAUUUUAUUCUUUCAUCUUAUUUAUGAUCAAUAUGUUUUCGAUUGUAUGCUAUUUGAGGUGAAUAACUCUUUUUUAUUGGCGAAUUUUCAUAUGACGGAUUAAUGAAAGCAAUAGGUUCACUAUCAUAUUUGAAGUUUUAUUCUAAAGAUACAGUUUGCAUGAGGGUUUCACGUUGACCAUCUACUAACCUGACUAUAUAAGCCAGAGAAAGAUUGAUCGACCGGGAACACCUGUUAGUCUUAGUGAUAAUGUCUUCAACACACAUUAUAUAAAUUUUGAAUAAAUGUGACUGUCUGUUUGAGUCUUUUUGUGAACCAGAUCUAUUCAGUUCCAACCAUCGAAUUCUUGUUAAUCGUAUAGAUUUUCUAUUAAAACUAUUUCAGUGUUGUAUAUUUCACUAAAUAAAAAAUGAUAAUAUGGUUCUGGUGCUUUCAUAAUGACCUGUCCUCUGUCUAUCAGCAGUCUUUCACAUAUUGAUGUGUGGAAUGUAUUCAUUAAAUAAAUUUCAUACAUUAUCCGUCACCAUUUCAAAACCAUCCUAAUAUAUACCAACUGAUCUCAGAACCGAAUCAUAUAAUUAUAAAAAUCUGAGUACACUGUAUAGUUUUAUGUAGUGUUCGUAAGUUGUCGAUUAAUACUUGAUCUACUAAUGUGACUUUACUGAAAACCGAAAAAUUUAAUGUUCCCUUAAAUCAGUAUAUUAAUACUUGAAUGAUAAUUGUACGAGCAAGUGUUAAUAAGUUUAUUUGUUUGCAAUGCUGAUAAAACACCACUACGUCAACUUCCAGCGAUCUUAAAAUGACCUUAAAAUAUUUAUGCCGCCUACUGGUCAAUGAGUUAAUUUAGAGGUAUAGUCCAGAAAAUUCCUCUUAAAAAAGAAGUAAUAAAAAAUGUAUUUGUAAAUUGCUAAUAAAUUCGCCAAUGUUUACAAUCAGUUUUCCAGCCUUAAAAUCAAGAUUUUCAACACUUGAGUCUAGGUUAGUUUCUUUAAUAAUUCUUUAUAAAGCCGUAAGUAGUUUUCCAGAUGACCACACACUGACUUCGACAUAUUUGCAAAAUCACUCAAAAACUGGGACAACUAUCUGAAGGAUAUCUGACUAGUUUAACACUGCAAGAAUGCUAAUAUGAUAUAUAUAAUAUGAUUUAUUCGAGACUCUCCUUUAUCAUUAAUUUGCAUCAGAACGGUUGAGCAUUCCACGUGUUUUGGAUUUGUAUUGUCAUUCCUACUCCAUCAUAACAGAAAACAAAUUCUUAUAAAUCCUAAGCUUCCCAACCCCUCUACUUGGAUAUUCUCUACUUAUUUAUUCAAAUUGUUGUCAUUCAUCAUUACUGAAGGUCACCGUAACUUAGUGUACGUUCAAGAAAUGGUCAUUAACAGUGCUAUUUCAAUGGGACGAAAAUUCAACCAUCAUGUGUACUUUAGAACUGUAAUAGUAUUUACUUCGAAACCCCUUCAUUAUACGACUAGCUGAGUUUUUAUAAAUACGCUUUCUGACACUGAUGGAACAUGUCCAUUACAAAUCAGCAUGAACUCAUAAAAAAUCUGACCAAGAGUUACCAGGAUAACAAGUUUUUUUGAUAAAAUUUCCAUUAUUACCAUACAUUUAUUCGCAACUUAUCUAGUUAACUAAUCAUAAAUUGUGAAUGAAGUAUUUCGAAGUAUAACCAUUUACUGGUUUCCAACUAAUUUACAUGAUUGACUAAUUCAUAUGUUCUUCAACUGUAGGAAUGUUGUCCUUGCUUUUCCAAUCUUCGCCUUUACGUCUGCAUCAGAUCCUCCUUUUUCAUCAAUGAUGCUU